AUGGAGGCUGUCGCUGGACCUUCAAACCAUUCGGACAAGCACCGUACGAAGAGGAAGAAAAAGCCAUUGCCCAAUAACAAGAAGCAACAGAAAUUGACCGAAAAGCAAAAGAUUGCGGCGCUCGAAGACGCUGUUGCUCAGUUCGUGCCACACGAUGGGCUGAAAGCGUUUGCAGAACUGCCCAUAUCUGAAAUCACCAAGCGUGGUCUGAAGAAGGCGUGGUUCACUGACAUGACCGAUAUUCAAUCCAAAAGUUUACCACUAUCGCUCAAGGGCAAGGACGUGUUAGGCGCUGCUCGUACAGGCAGUGGAAAGACACUUGCGUUCCUCGUCCCGGUUCUGGAGCUGCUGUACAGAAGAAAGUGGGGACCUCAAGAUGGCUUGGGCGCUCUGAUAAUUUCUCCUACACGUGAACUGGCAGUCCAAAUUUUUGAAGUUCUACGGUCCAUCGGAGGAUAUCACAACUUCUCCGCCGGCUUGGUGAUCGGAGGAAAGAAUCUGAAAGAUGAACGAGACAGACUUGGACGCAUGAACAUUCUCGUCGCUACCCCCGGUCGUUUGCUGCAGCAUAUGGACCAGACGAUUGGAUUCGACUGCGACAACUUACAGAUACUAGUCCUCGACGAGGCUGACCGAAUAUUGGAUAUGGGAUUUUCUCGGACCCUUUCUGCACUCCUAUCCCACUUACCCAAGGGCCGACAAACACUCCUCUUUUCCGCAACGCAGACUCAAUCCGUCCAGGAUUUGGCUCGCCUCUCCUUGCAGAAUCCUGUGUUCGUUUCUACUCAACAUGCCUCCGAAAUCAACACCAAGGACCCGUCCAAGAUAUCAUUAACGUCCACGGAUUUCAUCCCGAAAACCCUUGAACAGCACUAUGUCGUCUGCGAGCUCGAUCAGAAGCUCAACCUGUUGUUCUCCUUCAUCAAGUCUCAUCUGACGUCGAAAACACUCGUUUUCCUCUCCUCAUGCAAACAGGUCCGCUUUGUCUUCGAAACCUUCUGCAAAUUGCAUCCAGGCGUGCCUCUCAUGCACCUACAUGGCAAGCAAAAACAGCAGACACGCAUCGACAUUUACCAAAAGUUCAUCGCUUCGAAGCAUUCGGUGCUCUUCGCAACGGACAUCGCAAGCAGGGGCCUCGACUUUCCAGGGGUUGACUGGGUGGUGCAGGUCGACGCUCCGGAGGAUGCUGAUACGUACGUGCAUCGCGUGGGUCGAACCGCGAGGUACGAGAGCGAAGGGAAGGCAUUGUUGGUACUCUGUCCGAGCGAGGAGGAAGGCAUGCUGCGCCUGUUGGAGAGCAAGGGCUUGCAGGUGGCAAAAAUAAAGGUGAAGGGAAGCAAGCAGCAGAAGAUCGACAAUCAGUUGCAGAACCUUGCGUUCAAGGAUCCGGAGAUUAAAUAUCUCGGUCAGAGGGCAUUCGUUUCCUACCUUCGCUCCAUCCAUCUGCAGAAAAACAAGGACGUGUUCAAGCUCAGCGAGCUGCCGAUUCAGGCAUUUGCAGCCUCACUUGGUCUACCCGGAGCACCGAAGAUCAAGUUCCUGAGCAGAGAAAUUGCGAAGCAGAAGAAGAAUGCUCCAAGAAUACAGCAAGUGCAAGAGAGCAGAAAGGCACAUGAGGCAAGCGAGGACAGAAACAGCGAAUCAGAUGAGGAGAAUUCGGAUGAGGAGCACGCACCGGGUGAGGAGGAUAAGAAGGCGGAGGGCGCCCCCUCGCAGGCGAAGGCCGUGCGCACCAAGUACGACAGGAUGUUCGGACGCAAAAACCAGAGUGUUCUCGCGGACCAUUACACCAAGCUUGUGUCCCAUGAUGAUAUACCAGACCAAGAGGAAGAAGAUUUCAUCACCCUGAAACGUGCCGAUCAUGCCCUCUCAGACGAUGAUCUACCCGCGUCGUCGCAGUUAUCGAAGCGUAAACUGAAGAUGGGCGAGAGCAAGAAACUCAUGGCGAAAUUCAAGCAGCCAGCCCAGAAGUUGAUCUUCGACGAGCAAGGAGAAGGGCACCAGGUUUAUGAGCCCGUUGCUGGGGAGGUGUUCGUCAAGGAGCAGGGUGGCGAGGCAGGCGUUCAGGAAGCAGGCCGACGAUUCGCGGAGGAGCGUCUAAAGGAAGUGAAGGAUGCAGACAUCCGGGAUCGAGAAGAAGCGAAGGAGAAGAAAAGGGAGAAAAAGAGGAAGAGGAAGGAGAGGGAACGCGGUAUGGCGAUGUCCGACACCGAGACCGCAUUGGGACCCACUGUCAACUCUCUGGAUGAUGACGGUUAUGUGUCGCCUGAAUUUGAACUGCCGUCAGAGUCGGAAGACGCAUCAACCCCCCCUGCGAAAAGACCUAAGAGCUCAACCAAUGGUGAAACCCUUGGGCCUCGAAAACAAGCCACAUCGCUUGAAGAGGAGGAGGAGUUGGCAUUGCAGAUGCUACGCAGUCGUAGAUGA